AUGUAUCGUUCGCCGGUCUGGGCAUCGGUGGUGAUGCCGGACCUGGCGACGUUGGAGGCCAUGGUGCGGACCUUCAUUCGCAAGAACACUGUUCUGCUGACCACUGCUUUUGCCGGUGCCUUCGCUUUUGAGCUUACCUUCGACAUCGCCUCCAACAAGGUCUGGGACACCUGGAACCACGGCCGCCAAUGGAAGGACAUCAAGCACCGUUAUAUGGUUAAGGACGAGGAAGAUGACGAGUAA